GUGAGCACGGCUAUUCGUUGAUGGCAAAGAGAGAGACGAAACCUGAGCUUGUUUUCCUCCCGACGUUUUUUCCUUCUUUGUUUCUUUUUUUUAAUAUUAAAUUUCCUUCGUGUAGUUUUUCCUUCACGCGAUCUAAUCGCAAACAAGUUUUUAGCUUGUGGUGAAAUGGUUCGUAUCUUCCGGAGUCGGAGUUUAUUAAUGGGAUUUCUUUCACCCCUGCAUCACCUGAGGACAGCUGGACAGUGAGCCGGAGGGCGUCUGGAGGCUGGAUGGACAACAUGUCUCCACAGCAGCAACAGGACAGCCUCAGCCGAGGCGGCGCGCAGCAGGAACACAAACGGCGCACAAAGUCUCAGAGUUACCGGCGUCAGUCCGCCCCAUCUCUGGUCAUCACCAAGGCUCUAACCAGGUCCAAGACUCUCUCCAGAGAAAGCUUCCUGGUUCCCAUGUGUCCAGAGACGUGUCCGCUGAUCCAGUCCUUCCUGACUGGUUCUGAAAGGUCGUUUCUUCUCCAAGGACAUGCUCAGUUAAAGACGGGGAUGCAGACUCAGGACAGACACCUCUUCCUCUUUACUGACAUUCUGGUGAUUGCCAAAGCUAAGUCAGCCAACCACUUCAAGCAGAAAGCCCAGGUGCGUGUGUGUGAGAUGUGGACGGCAGGCUGCAUGGACGAGGUGUGUGAGGGCAGCACAAACCCAGAGAGGAGCUUUGUAAUGGGCUGGCCCACCUGCAACUGUGUCGCUACCUUUAGCUCAGCAGAACAGAAGGAGAAAUGGCUCGCCCUCCUUAAGAGUCGUAUAAAAGAAGAAAAAGAGAUAGAAGAACCGAAAACCAUCCCUGUGAGGGUGUACGGGAAAGGAAUCAAUACAUUUGCUCUUACCAAAACGAUCCCAGUCAGCAACUCAGAUUCAACCAAUGAGGUGAUCCGCCUGGCCCUGCAGCAGUUUGGCAUCAUCGGAAAUGUCAAAGACUUCCAGCUGUGGGUCCUCUCCAAAAGGGACAACGCCCCUUAUCCUCUAAUUGGUCAUGAGUUUCCCUUCAGCAUCCACAUGAGUCAUGUGAGAUACUCUCAGGGAGGAGGCAGGGAUGCUGCUGCUCCACCUGCAGACAGACUGAAGGCGGAGCAGCUGCAGGUGUACAAGCAGUUUCAGUUCAUCCUCAAGCCUCGACCUGUUGAGCCGCCACAACAGCACGCAGAUUUCUCUGGGAAGCCAUUCAAAAGGAGGCGCUCGCUCAUCGCCUGGGCCUUCUGGCGAGGCUCCUCCUCGAACCUGAAUGAGCUGUCCCUCAGCACUGCGCGAGGCUGUUUGUUCGGCCAGCCACUCAGCUCCGUUUGUGCAGGGGACACUCUGCCAAAGCCAGUCAUGGACAUGUUGACGUUUCUGUACCACGAGGGUUCGUGGACGCGUGGGAUUUUCCGUCGGCCGGCAGGCGCCCGAGCUGUCAGGGAGCUGCGGGAUGCUCUGGAUGCUGGAGAAUCUCAGCUUCCUCUGACGCGAGACCACAUCUUCAUCAUAGCUGGAGUCUUUAAGGAUUUCCUGCGCAGCAUCCCGGGCAGCUUGUUGAGCUGUGAGCUCCAUGAAGACUGGAUGGAGGUGCUGGAAGAAGAGGAGGAGGAGGAGGAGCAGGUGCAAGAUGUACAGAGGAUGAUUUGCCGGCUGCCCAAAGAGAACGCACUCCUGCUACGCUACCUGCUAGCUGUUCUUCACGGUAUCCAAGGCAACGCCCAGGAGAACCAAAUGACUACUUUUAAUCUGUCAGUGUGCAUUGCUCCCAGCAUGCUCUGGCCACCUGGAGUGCCGUGUAGUCCUGAGGUCGAGGGAGAAGGAACCAAGAAGGUUUGUGAGUUGGUGAAGUUCAUGAUUGAACACUGUCAGGAGAUUCUCAGAGAGGAUCCCUCCUCCCUGUUCGGAGGGCCUCCACAGAGACUCAACAGUGAGGAGAUGGGAACAGAAUCCUGGAUUUACCCUCUGACCGAUUCAUCCUAUGACAGUCUCGAGAAUGAGUUGGACAACAGCAGUGGUGGCUCACCAGGCCUUUGCAACAGAAGGUGCCUCCAGCCUAAACCCCUACAAGGCAGCUUGGACUCCAUCCUCACAUUCAGUGAUUACGACCAGGAUACUGCACCAGAACCAGGUCUCAAUCCACUGGGAAGACACAGAAGACAGGAACUAGACCUCUCCAGCCCCAGGCAGGAUGCACCAACUGUGGACACCUCUUCCACCCUGGAGUCGCUGUCCCUAGAGGGUCGGAACAUGCAGCGGCGGCGUUCAGAGCCAGCUAUAGCAUAUGUGGCCAAGUUUCGGCCAUGCGCAUCAGCCAGCACAGAUGGUGUCACUGGUGAGGAUGAAGACGGUGAGGAAGAGCUUUCCAAGGAGCCUAGCAACCACACAGUCGCCAGAAUGCACUCCAGAGUUCAAAAUAGGAGGUAUGGAGGUGAGUCUGGGUUGGAAGCCAGCUCCUCCAGCCUCUCAUCCACCCCCACCUCCCCUGCACCAACCCGCUCCUCCCCUGAUUCUCUAGACUCCCUAAGUGGUGACCAGACCUGGGCAACCAGAAGGGGCCUUUACCCAAAAAAGACGUAUCUGCCAUCCAACUCCUCCUCUGGAUCUCUUUCCACCUCUGUCACUUCUACACCCCUCACCAUCAGCUCUGUACUGGCCUCCAGUGAACAUGCAGAGCAGGAGAUUUGCCCCAAAAAUUCCCCACCCAAAGAACCCGCCAGCUGGGGGACAUUAAUGGGCUGUAGGGGUCUCCACCCAAAUUCAUGGCUGAAGAAAGACCGGAGACUUUCACUCACCCAACAAGACAACUUGGAGAAGCAAGAAGAGGACAAGACUGCAGUAAGUGAAACAGUGGGAAGGCCUUCUGAUAAGUCGCUCACACCUGGGAAACCAGAAAAAGGAAAAGCAGGUGAGAAAGGAGCUGCAAACCUGAUCUCAGGCAGCCAAACCAAACCCAGAACAUCCUGUAGACCUCCCAAAGAUGCAGGUGGAGCAGGAGGGAGCCAUGUGAAGGGAAAAGCAGGGCUCCUCAAGCAGGACUCCUCCAGUCCCCCUUCACACUAUCACUCUACAGGAAACCUCCAGUUCCCUAAAUCUGCCUGGUUCCAUUCCCCAGAGACCCCGCUAACUUUAAGACAGAAAAAUCCCAGGAGUGAUACCAGCGCCCAGAAGUGUGCUGUGCAAAGUGAUGUGACUGAACUGAAGCAGCCAUCGCCGUCUGUGUUUUACAAGCACGGGGGGCCAUCACUGUCCCUAUUCAAGCGACCCAAGUCUCAAUCCACAGAGCAGGACCACAACGCCCGGCUAUAUCAGCGCCGCGGGUCCGAACCGGGACGUCAAGUUGUGGACCGAGCCGCCACCUUCACCCGGGCAAGGUUGCCCAGUGACCCGGGGUUGAAAGUGUCCGGGGUGGAUUCACAAGGAGGCACAUCAGAGGCCCGUUACUGCCUCUCCCCCUGUGCCACCAAAGCAGUGCGGGACUACUUCUCCUCUCACCCCCAAAGCAAUCCCCAGAGCAGCCACCAGGUGGCGCUUGCCCUGGUGGAGAGCCGCAGGGAGUGGGUGAAGAGAUGCAACGAUCCCACAGCAGAGCCAGACUUUGACCAGCUCCUGUUUGCUGAGGAAUCCUACGUUUGAUGAGUUGGUGAAAACAAACUGUGAAGUACAGCAUCGCUCCAACAAGUGGAACAAACAGAGCAUCUCAGUUUCAGCACGGUGGUCGUAUUCAUAACCUUAAAAUGAACUCCGUCAUUAGACACUAAGGCUUUGGUGUCACUGGGAGCAUUUUGCUAUCUGGAACACCACAUGAAAUGUAAUCUGUUGGCUAAGGUGGACAUGGAGCAAAAAGUAAAAGUGUGUUUGAGUUUUUGCUUAGUGCUUAAUGCCAUUAAAGUAAAGUGAAUCUCCCCCUAACCCUAACCCUUUGCUUACAUGUCCUAAAGGCUGGAUUUACACAUGCAAAACGUGUUCUAAUGUAUAACCAAUAAGCUCAAAUAACAUUCAUUCUGAUCAAAGCAGAUCAACUAUUUUGGUGUAAAAUUUGUCUUGAUUUUUUUUUUUUUUUCCAAUGUACAUCAGGCCAAAGUUAAAACCUGCCAAUCUAAACACACCUGGCAUUGCCUUCUUCAUAAUGAACAAAGACUCACUCAGAGAAAUGCCUUCUGGUUAACUGCAGCUCAGAAAACUGUUGUUUUAGUUCAAGUCCCACCCAAGCAGCCUAAACAGAUUAUGGGCAACAUGCAGUAUUUGGUAUCACACGUUACUUCAACCACAGUUUUGCAGAAAGCAGGUGGUACAAUCAUGAUUUUGAUUUUGAAAUUAAUAGUCAUAUUAUAAAUAGUGUAAAUGCAGCCUGGGUACACACUGUGACUUUGCCUCUACGUUUUAAUAGUCUGGUUCUGAACUACAGCUCAGUCUGUGUGUUGAUUGGUAGUUUGGCUUCAGCUCAGUUGUUUACAAUACUCAGAUGUAUCGUAAAUGUGUAGGUAGACUAGUUUGUGACAGGUUGUUGGAAAGGUAUAAAAGCAUGACAUCAUUCAGUAUAUUUAAACAAACCGUACGUGUAUAUCCUGUAUAUGUGAAGGAUGCUCCCCAAAAAUCAAGCAUUGCUCGGGAUCAUGUCGACCGUUAGCAGCUUAACUUAAAUAUUUUCCAGCGUUAAUGCUUUUUAGUGAACAGAUGUAGUCUUUGGAUAAAUAUUAACAUGGAGACGUUUCUGAUUACAGUCAGCUGAGCAGUUCAUGUCAAAUGCUUCUUGGCAUUAACACUCACAUCAGCCUGCUGUGAUACUGACGACUGCAGCAGCAUUUAUAGCUUCUUGUUUUGUUUUUGUUGCCAACAGUGCUGUUCACAUAAGCCUGUACUGAUUGAAAUUAAUCAUAUGUUUUAUGAGCUUUACAUCUGAUGCAGCUUAAAACACCGAAAUAGGCCACAGGACUGUUGCUUCCUAAUAUUGUCUACUGCCUCCUUGUUAUAUAUGUACACGUAUUUAUAUGCUGUCACUAUACUUUUGCAUAUGCAAAUAAAAUGAGCUGAAAUUAAA